GCGUGCGCGGUGACGGCUCGCGUCCCUGUUACUCAGCGGAGGGGCCGAGGCCGGACGACGCGGCCCGGAGUCCGGAGCCGCGAGCAGCGCUGGGUAACGGCCGCGGCGACCGCCGAGACGGCGCCGGUUCCUGCCGCCGGGCUUUCCUGUCGUCAUUCGCUGUGCUGCCGGGGUUGUGUGGAAAUUAUAGUCAGUGCAGUGACGCAAGAAAAGGAAUUCAAAGCCAUCCAAAUUGGAAAUGAAGAAAUGAAAUUGCUCGUGGAUGUAGAAAAUCUCAAAGAAUCCAUAAAAAGGCUACUAAGACUAAAAACUUAUCGGUGAAUUUUUGGAUGAAGCCAUUAAAUUAAUUGCCUGCCACCAUGAGCAGAAGCAAGCGUGACAGCAAUUUUUAUAGUGUAGAGAUUGGAGAUUCUACAUUCACAGUCCUGAAACGGUAUCAGAAUUUAAAACCUAUAGGUUCAGGAGCCCAAGGAAUAGUAUGUGCAGCUUAUGAUGCCAUUCUUGAAAGAAAUGUUGCAAUCAAGAAGCUAAGCCGGCCAUUUCAGAAUCAGACUCAUGCUAAGCGUGCUUACAGAGAGCUAGUUCUUAUGAAAUGUGUAAAUCACAAAAAUAUAAUUGGCCUUUUGAAUGUUUUUACACCACAGAAAUCCCUAGAAGAAUUUCAAGAUGUUUACAUAGUCAUGGAGCUCAUGGAUGCAAAUCUUUGUCAAGUGAUUCAGAUGGAACUCGAUCAUGAAAGAAUGUCCUACCUUCUCUAUCAGAUGCUGUGUGGAAUCAAGCACCUUCACUCUGCUGGAAUUAUUCAUCGGGACUUAAAGCCCAGUAAUAUAGUAGUAAAAUCAGACUGCACUUUGAAGAUUCUUGACUUUGGACUGGCCAGGACUGCAGGAACAAGUUUUAUGAUGACACCUUAUGUAGUGACUCGCUACUACAGAGCCCCUGAGGUCAUCCUAGGGAUGGGCUACAAAGAAAACGUUGACAUUUGGUCAGUUGGGUGCAUCAUGGGAGAAAUGAUCAAAGGUGGUGUUUUGUUCCCAGGUACAGAUCAUAUUGAUCAGUGGAAUAAAGUUAUUGAACAGCUUGGAACACCAUGUCCUGAAUUCAUGAAGAAGCUGCAACCAACAGUAAGGACUUACGUUGAAAACAGACCUAAAUAUGCUGGAUAUAGCUUUGAGAAACUCUUCCCUGAUGUACUUUUCCCAGCUGACUCAGAACACAACAAACUGAAAGCCAGUCAGGCAAGGGAUUUGUUAUCCAAAAUGCUGGUAAUUGAUGCAUCUAAAAGGAUUUCUGUAGAUGAAGCUCUCCAGCACCCAUAUAUCAAUGUGUGGUAUGAUCCUUCUGAAGCAGAAGCUCCACCACCAAAGAUACCUGACAAGCAGUUAGAUGAAAGGGAACACACAAUAGAAGAGUGGAAAGAAUUGAUAUACAAAGAAGUUAUGGACUUGGAGGAGAGAACCAAGAAUGGAGUUAUACGGGGACAGCCCUCUCCUUUAGGUGCAGCAGUGAUCAAUGGCUCUCAGCAUCCAUCGUCAUCAUCGUCUGUCAAUGAUGUGUCUUCAAUGUCAACAGAUCCGACUUUGGCUUCGGAUACAGACAGCAGUCUGGAAGCAUCAGCUGGACCUCUGGGCUGCUGUAGAUGACUACUCGGGCCUUGGGGGGAUGGGAGGGAUGGGGAGUUGUUUAGUCAUUGAUAGAACUACUUUGAAAACAAUUCAGUGGUCUUAUUUUUGAGUGAUUUUUCAAAAAUGUAGAAUUCAUUUUGUAGUAAAGUAGUUUAUUUUUUUUUAAAUUUCAAGUGAUGUAAUUUAAAAUUUAAGUUGUGUUUUAAAACAGCAACAAAACUGUGUAUUUUUGCUGUAAUUAACUGUAUAAUGUAAAACCUAAUUAUUUUAUCAUGGUUUAAAAUUUUUGCAUAUUUGCUUUAUCUUAUGCUGCUGAUUUUUUUUUUUACUGAAUUUGUAAGAUUUUGUUUAUCAAAGCAACUAUUAUGUGGUGACUUGCCUAUAUCAUGAAUUAUUUAAGAUUUUUAUAGGUUUUUUAAUUAGAAUUUAUUUCAAAUGUUUUGUUCAUGAUGCUAUCCUUUAGGGUUAUGUGCUUAUCAAUGAAAUAACCCCAGAGGAGUGAGGGAAAAUAACCUGUAGCCAGUUAUAUUCAGGAAUAACUACUGUAAAUGAUGAAUGUGUUAAAAAAAAAAAAAAAAAGCCUCCAAUAUUUGCUACUUGCCAAUUCUAAUUUAGUUACAACAAUUGGUAGGUAAUCCUACCUGAAUUUUGGCAAAAGCCCCAUCAUCUAAAUGGCAGGAUAACUCAGAGCAUGUCUUUGAAGAUUUUGGGCAUCUACCACCACCUUCCUAUCUCCCUGUCCCACCCACCAAAAGUAAAGUAAGAGAAUAUGGUGUUUUCUGCAAAUUUGUGGCAUGCUCAAAGUUUAUGAUCACGUAAAGUCAAGAGGAUACUUCAUGAAUAAUACAUUUCAAUGCAAAUAAACAGAUGGUUCACCUUUACUAGCUAUGAGCCUGUUUUUGUAUACACUGAGUUAAUCUACUCAGGCUGUAGGUCCCAGCAAUUAUCUAGAGUCUGGUCUUUCUCUUUCCUGCAGCCUUGGGCCCUUGGACCUGUUCGAUUUCUUGUUAGAGUGUCAGUCAGUUGAGCACCAGUUCUCAGGGUGUUUCUGGCCAUUUGAUUCUACCUGCGGCAUAAUCAUAUUUAUACUAGCUGUUGAGAGGUUUCCAAAGCCUACUUAGAUUUCUGUAGGUGAUGUAUAAAAUGAGCAAUAUACCAUUCAUCUGAAAAUAGUAGCACACAGCCAUAUAUAGGGUAUCAUUUUCUAAGGACUGUUUCUUCACAUUGAGCAAAGCAGGCAUAAGUGGUGGUUAUUUAGUCUGUGUCUUUCAUUUUUUUAUACCUGAUUUUCAAUAAAACACACAAUGUGGAUGUUGAAUAGUGUAAGAAUGGUGCUGCUCCUGACAGUUGUAUGUUAACUGUUUACAUUUUAUACCUGCAGAAUUAUUUCUCUAUAAGUGAAUUUUUCUUAAGUAAAAUGUCAUUGAAGUCUCAUUAUCUCUGAAAUAUGUUGUCUGUAAUGCCCCAGGCAGUUUUUGUUAUUUUGGGAACAAGAGGGAUUUCAUGUAAUAAACUGGGAAAUGCAUACUUAAAUAAGUGAAAGCUUCUAGGCAGAAAGCCCAGUGGAAUUAAUGACCAGCGGGAGCAAGAACUGGUGCAGCUCAACGUGAAGAGUCUGAAAGUCCACUUGGCAUGUUAUUCACAGAUUCAGUGCAAAAUUCCUUUUGAGUAAGGUAUGUUAGGUCAUUGUUAAUGUGCAAUAUUUAGGAUUGAAGUACAUUAAUAGCCAUUGUAUAUGCUUUGAAAUAGUAAGUUUGUUUUUGGUGGUUUAAAGUGAUGAUUUCUAGCCUCUUUUGAAGUUGGCAGCCUUUUUAUUAAUCCCUUUUCUACUCGUACGACAGGGUGCAUUAAUUUUAUUAGGCAAAUUAGAGUUUUAAGACUAUAACACCUCUUGAAUUGUAGAAACAGGAUUGGAUUUACAAUUUCAGAAGAAAUUUGAGCAUGGGUGUGUUCUUAGUUUUUAUUAGUUUGGCAGUUAACUAGCUAUUUCUGUAGGAUAGAUUAUUUCACUAUUGCACUUUAACAACUGACAUGCUCUCAGAAGUUUCCCUUAUUUUCUGUUUCCUUGCUGAUAAGCCUUCUCUUGAUACAGAUUUUGGUUAAGCAAGGAAAACCAGGUGUUGUUACAGUAUUGUUUGUUGUACAUGCCAGCUCCCACUUGCCAACCAGCAUGUUUCAGUUGAUUCAGAGAAAACGAAACCUUAUUAGUCAUGUAGACUCAAAUUAGUCAUGUAGACUUGUUAUAUCCCGAAGACAAAGUCUAAGUGUUGUGUGCCCUGGGUUUUUUAAAUGCAAUAUCUAAAUACAUCCUUCCCUCUUAACUGUGUUAAACUAAAGAUGUACUAGUUCUUUUUGUUUUAGAAGCUUUUGAACCUUUAAAACAUCUUAAACAUUUAUUGUUUUUUAACAUACUACAAAUAAGAUUUCUGUCAAGUGAUGACAUUAUAAUGAAGCAAUCCUUAUGCAAAGCAACUUGCUUAUCUUGUAACUUUGUUUUUUCAACUUUAUAUACUUAAUAUACCCAUGGUUACUGUCAGAAAAUUACUUUGACCAAGAUAGAUUAUUUAACUUUAUAGGUUAGAAAAGAGACAGUAAUUCUUUCUACAUAUUUCUUCCUGGUUACUAUUCUGUUACCUUCUAAUGUAAACUGACCAUUUGUUAAAUGAUUGUGUUGUUGGGAUUGCUUAAUUAUAAUAGAGCAUCUCAACUCUUUCCUAUUGUUUGCUGAACAGUUUUUAUUUUGUUACAACCCUCAUCUGCUGAUUGUUCCUGGUAUGUACUCUUCCAAGUUGGUAAAGGCACAGUGCAUUCAUACCAGAUUUCCUAAGAGAAAUGCCAGCCUCUUAAGUGAGAAGGCUACCACACAACCCUGGUAACAAUAUCAAGAAGCUUGACUGUAUGUAAAGCAGCAGGCUUUCCCAUAAGCCCUUUCAUGAUUUUGUUCCAUGCUAAUCCUGCUGUGUUGUCUAAAAAGGUAAGGGUAAAGAGGACGUGGAUAUCUGAUAGUGAAAUCAGCAGCAGGCAAGAGAAGCCGUUUGGGGUUACAGAUAAGACUUGGUAUACAUUAUAGGCCAGUAUGUGCUACACUAUGAAGAUAUAACUACUUAUUGUUGCCUAGGCACAAGCCUGUACAACAUUUUGAGGUAAAAACAUAGUCUGUUUUCAAAAAUGCUGUUGUAGUUUGUGAGUGUUGUUCAUUAGUCACACAUUAGCUGUAGAGUGAAUGCAUGAUGCCCCAUGAUCCCAGUAAACUCUUACCGGUAGAAAAACCAAACACCACUGUUCUGUCAUUAGCAGCCCUCUUAAAUGUUGCCUCUGGAUCCUUUAUAUUUUAGUAUACAUUGUAUUUCUACUGAUCUCUCUUAGGUUUUUCCUCAAUCAGAGAAAAUUAAUUUUUCCUAAAUAGCAAGAAAGAUGAAGAGGUAAAGGGCAUUGAAGCAGAAAUGUAUAGUUUGGGGUACGAUUAGAAAACUGGUAAGGAAAACAAAAGUCCUGGUUAAUUUCAAACUAACUGCUCUUAGUUAAGUGCUCUUAAGGAGAGUCUAGUAAGAGUAACACUUUAUGGCCAUUUCUAAUUUAGAUUCUCUUUGUUACUGAAACUUCUGAGAAAUAUUACCUGUGGUUUAGUUUUGCACAAUGUUCUAUUCUCACAGUAACUUACAAAUUAAACUAGGUUUUUAUCGAACUACCUCACACUAAUUUUCUAUGCUUUCCCAAGGAAGCAGUUGCCCUUACUGUUAGAUCUUCACUGAGUGUGAAUUAUAAAUGUAUGUUAAAUACUUUAUAGCCAGUGUCGACACAAUACCAGUAAGUAUGUAAAAUAUAUACCUUGCAUCAGUAAGAGAGACUCACCUGUAAAAUCUUUCACUGUGUAUCUUGGAAAAUUGUGUUGGAUGUGCUCAUUGGACAUUAUUACUGUCUGCUUUUGUAAGUAGAAACCUGCUCGUGAUAUCAGUCCAUUCUUUACAUUUUACAAAAGAAAUAAAUCUUAGUAAAUUUUACGAAGAAAUAAAUUACUUUUGUAGGCCCGAUAUUUGGUAUAUUUUUGAGAAGCUCUUAAUCUUUUAGCCGAAUGAUGACGUUAAACUGAACUAGCUGUCUACCUGGACUGUGACAUCUAUUUUCUCAUUAUAGUUUAUCCUGUUCAACAGGUUUUGAAACCUGAAACCUGAGUAUGAUAAUUGACAUUUGCUUUUCUCCUUAUAUGAUGCCAUUCCUUCUUUAUUCAUCUCCCUUCCCUGUGUUCCAUUCUCUCUCCUCUCCCCUCCUCUAGACAAAACAAAAUGGGGCACUUUGUAGGGAAUGCUGAGAUAAUUAUUGUGGUUUUUAAUCAUCCAUGCCCUAGUCAUUAAACAUGCACCACUGGAAUGUAAACAAUGUUAUUAGUAUGUUAAUUGGUUAUAAUAUUUUAAAUAAAAAAGAAAAAAGUGAUAUGAAAAUUAUGAAAUUAAGAGUUUUUCAUUGAAAACAAAAUAUAAAGUUUUGGUAAAACAUUUUUCUGGGCAGUUUUAAGAUUUCCUAUAGAUUGGGAUCAAAGGCGUACUAGGGCAG